GCAGAGCAGCAAACAGACAACACAACUGGUGUCCGCAGACGGGAUAAGAGGUAGAGCUGCUUGCAACAAUAGCAGCAACAUCCAAACAGUGGAUUACCUUUGGACAUACAUGAUCUCUGUGCAUUCUUUCUCACAAACUGUACAGAAAGUAAGUGACAUACAAUCUUUUGGCAUUCGAGAGGUGUUAAUGUGUUGAGUGUUUAGGAAAAGGGUGGAUUCAAGGGAUUAGUACAGAUUAAAGUUAUACUGGACAGUAUGGCAGUAGCUAAUCCAGGCCUCCAGGAGGGGUGGGACGAAUGGAAGACAGAGAUGGAGGAGAAAAGGAGGAGGAAAUGGAAGGAGAUGGUGACUCGUUGGGAAAAUAUGGAGGUGGAUGAGGAGGGAGAAGAAGAGGAGGAUGAUGGGGAGGAAAAGGACACGGAAAGUGAGGAAAAGGAAGUGAGUGAGGAGGAGGGAGAGGAGGAAAAUGAAGCAGGUGGGAAGGGAAAAGAAGGAGAAGAAAUGGAGGAGGAAAGUAAACAGGAGGAAGAAGGAGAGAAGAAGGUAAAGAAGAAGGCAAAGGUGAAUGAAGAGAUAAAGGGGAAGGUGAAGGAAGCACGGGACAUUGAAGAGGAGGAGGAGGACGAGGAAAGAGAAGAUGAGGUAGAGAGGGAGGCUGAGGUGAAUGAGGAGGUGGAUGAGGAAGAGGAGGAGGGGGUGAUGGAAGCAGAACUGCUUGGGACUGAUGUUGAGAGGGAGGCCAGGGGGAAUGAGGACAUGGUUGAGAGAGAGAGAGGGGUGAGGGAAACAGAGCAAUUGGAGCAAGAGGGGGAAUUGGAGGAGGAGAUAAAUGUUAAAGUGGAUGAGGAGGUGGAUGUGGGGGAAGUCAUGGAAGUGAAGGAAGCAGAGAGGGUAGAGGAGGAAAAUGAUGGGAAGGACGAGCAACCAGAACAGGAGAAAACUGGACUUUAUGACCUCAGAGCAGAGUUUAGUUUAGAUAUGAAUCAGAGUGGAAGUGAGGACGAGCGUGUUCUGCAAAACCAAGACAGCACAGCGCAAGAAGAUGGAACAAUAAAAGAGGAAGACAAUUUUUCAGAUUCAGUUGAAUCAGAUAAUGAAGAUUCUGAAUUGAUGGGAUCUGAGGAUGAAAGUUGCCACAGCAUAAAGACAGAAGAGACAGCUUCUGAGAAACAAGAUAGGGAUCCAGAGGAACUGGAAGAUCCUGUUGAAAAGUCAAGAAAGAAUGAAAGUAGUAUUCCAGAAGUGCGGACUUCUAAUGAACAAAAAGAUGAGGAAGUGAAGGAAGCAGAGUGGGUAGAGGAGGAAAAUGAUGGGAAAGACGAGCAACCAGAACAGGAGAAUAUUGAACAUUAUGACCUCAGAGCAGAGUUUAGUGAGCAUAUGAAUCAGAGUGGAAGUGAGGACGAGCAUGUUCUGCAAAACCAAGACAGCACAGCUCAAGAAGAUGGAACAAUAAAAGAGGAAGACAAGUUUUCAGAUUCAGUCGAAUCCGAUAAUGAAGACUCUGACUUGAUGGGAUCUGAGGAUGAAAGUUGCCACAUCAUGAAGACAGAAGGGACAGCUACUGAGAAACAAGACAGGGAUCCAGAGGAACUGGAAGAUCCUGAUGUAAAGUCAAGAACCAAUGAAAACAGCAUCCCAGAAGUGUGGACUUCUAAGGAACAAAAAGAUGAGGAAGAUGAGACUGAGAAGCAUACAGAUGAAGAAGAAACAGUCGGAGAAUCUUUGACAACUCAUGCUGAAGUGAAUGUUCAAGACUAUCAAGAAAAGGAUCAAGAGGAGGAGGAUGACUCUACAGAUGAUGAGGAAGCAGAGCAUUCAAUGUAUGAAGAUGUGGAGAGUACUGAUGAAGAUGUGGUAAAGAUUUACUGCAAAGAUGAUUAUCCCACAGACAUAUUCCGUACUUUGACAGAGUUCAGGGACUCUUUCCUUCUCACUGAUCUAAAUUUGAGGACAGAGGAUGGGAAGAGUUUCCAUGUGCACUCUCCGGUCCUGGCUGCUGUCAGCUCCGUUAUCUGGGAAAGUCUGAGUAGGAGCGAUAUGGAAAAUGAUAGAGCUGAUGAAAGAAAAGACGAUGCAACAAGUGUUGGAAACAGGUGGUCAGUGUCUCUGGGUCCAGAGGUGGACCACACUGGAUUAAGGGCAGUUGUGGAGUUUGCCUACUCUGGACUUGUAUCUUGUCUGAACAAGGAUACCAUAGAACAGAUAAAGGCUGCGGCUCAAGCACUCGGUGCCCCCAGGGUACUGGAUCUCUGCACAGAGGAAAAGUCCACAAAAACUGGAUUGCAGAAGGAAAAAGAAAGGAUCUCUGCAGCAGAACAAAUGAUGAUCAGUCUCCAGUCCAUCAAACAGCUGUGGAUGGACAGGGUGGGCUGUGAUGUUGUUUUGGAAGCUAUCGGAGAAUCACUUUAUGUCCACAGAGUCAUCCUGGCUGUCAGUAGUGACUACUUCCGUGGCAUGUUCACCUCGGGGAUGAAAGAGUCCCUUCAACCUUGUGUGACUCUCCCCUUCCUGUUGGCUUCAGAGCUUGAGGUUCUGAUCAGCUGCUCCUACAAUGGGGCUCUGCCUCUCAGCUGGAGGUGUGUCUUUGAGAUCACUAGCACCGCUCUCCAGCUCCAGUACCAGCCUGCCCUCUCCUUGUGCCUUAACUUCCUUCAACAAGAAAUUAAUCCCCACUCCUGUUUGGAUGUGGCAUCUUUUGCUGAGGCUUACGAGAUGGCGCAGCUUCUCGAAGUUGCGGAAGAUUUUGUCUUGCGUCAAUUCGAAAAGGUAGCAUGCACCUUAAAGUUCAAGGACCUGCCAGCCACACAACUCCUUAAGUACUUGAACAGUCAGUCACUCUGUGUUCCAUCUGAGCUUGUUGUAUUCAAAGCAGUGGUGGCGUGGAUUCAAGCUAAGCCCAAGAAAAGGCUUAGACUUGCUAAGGAACUGAUGAAAACUAUUAACUUUCCCCUCAUGACGUUCAAAGAAUUCAAAGAGGUCCAGGCUUUGAAUAUGUGGUUGGAUCACAGCCUGGCUGAGCUCUACGAAGCAGUUUUUGAGGAUUUCUGCUCCAAUGAGACUGCACCACAGAGUCAGUGCCGCAUCUAUCUGCCAAAAGAGAGUCUGGUCUUGAUUGGAGGAGAACAGAUUUCUGAAGACCUGGGCAGCCGUAGCAUCAGCAGAGAACUAUGGUUUGGGAAUUCCCUGAGGAACCAUACAGGAAUAAAAAAGGCCAUGGAGUGGAGAAAGUUGGGAGAAAUGCCAGAGCCAGAGAGGUUCAGUCAUGAAGUGGCGGUGCUCAAAGGACAACUCUACGUGUUUGGGGGCAAGAGGUAUUAUGGCAUUGGUGACACCCUGAAUUCUGUUUACAGGUAUGACCCCCAUCAGAACAGCUGGGAGAGCCUGGCUGAAAUGCAGGAAAAGAGAUGCUCUUUCUCUGUGGUUGUGCUGGACGGAAAGAUGUAUGCCAUUGGUGGACAUUGCGACCCUGAAUAUAUAGAUAGUGUGGAACAAUAUUGCCCCACUGCAAACUCUUGGAGCUUCACGUGGUCCUUGGAUCUGCCUCUGAGCGGGCACGUGGCAAAGGUUUUACAGGGACAGAUCUUUGUCUCAGGAGGGCUGAACAGCGACUACAAGUGUCUUGCAUCCAUGUUUCUGUACCAUCCAGAGACAGGGAGCACUUAUCUGGCAAACAUGACGAAACCUCGUGCUCAUCACUGUAUGGAGACCCUGGGUGACCGCCUUUACGUCGCAGGUGGAAUAACCACAGAUAAAAACAUGACCAUUGUUGACCAGCUAGACUGUGAGGUGUACAAUCCAAUUGCUGACUCCUGGACUGCCUUUACAUCUCUGCCAGUGCCACAUGUUGGAGCAGGAAGUGCCGUUUUGGAGGGAAAAUUUUAUGUGCUGGGUGGAUACAGCCAGGAGGACUACAGUGACACUAAAAUGGUCCACCGCUACGAUCCCACCAAACAGAGGUGGGAGAACAUGGGCAAGAUGCCUGGGCCGAACAAUGACAUACGAGCAUCUCUGUUGAGUUUGCCAUCACAUUUCCGUUUGUAAGAUAUGGUGAGAUACAUUUUUUUUUUGAGGAUGCUAAAUUUGAGGUUACUCUUUGCAUGUUAUUAACAGUGGUAUUUUGUAAUUUUGCAAACAUUCUUCCAUUGUAAAUGAGGGAAGGAUCUGCACAAUAUGUCUCACAAUAAUUUGAUAUCCUGAUUAAGAUGAGUUUAUCUUACACCGUGUAUGAGUGAAACACAACAUAAACAGGCACAACAAAUGUUGUGUUUUCUAUGUUAUGUAGUGCAUUUUUGGUGCUCUAAAUUCAACUUAACAAUUUUGUAUUCAAAAAGUGCUGUAAUGAAGUUGUUUAUUAUUUUCACACUCUUGACUGCAAUAACCAACUAUGAACACUUGUGGUCACAGUCUGGCUGGUGCAGGAGCUACACACACAUAUUAGAGAAAGGAGGCAAUAUAAUGAGUUCAUUGUUUUGCAUGAAUUAUUCUGAAGGCUCACAAAUAUGUGCUUUCAAUAAAAUUAACCUAAAAUGA